GUACUUCAUUCACUUCUUCCUUUCGCGCCGGUAACUGGAGAGCCGUGCGUCCAUGUGCGCAGUGACUGGGAAUUGAUAGACUGCUGAAAUAUUAAAUCCGAGCCACAACACAGUUUUCACCAUGGAUCCAGAGUCUUUGGUCGAGGCCCUGCGGGGCACCAUGGACCCCAACCUGCGUGAGGCCGCGGAGAGACAGCUGAAUGAGGGUCACACCCAGGUAAACUUUGUGUCCACUCUACUGCGCGUCACCAUGUCUGACCAGCUGGAUUUGCCUGUGAGGCAAGCAGGUGUCAUUUACCUUAAGAACAUGAUAACCCAGCACUGGAGCGAGGGGGACGGCUCAGGCACUGAGACACCCGUCAAUAACAUCCCGGAGGAAGACAGGCAGUUCAUUCGAGACAACAUAGUGGAGGCCAUCAUCCACUCACCCGACCGCAUCAGGGUCCAGCUGACAACAUGCAUCCACCACAUGAUCAAGCAUGACUAUCCUGGCAAGUGGACAACCAUUGUGGACAAGAUAGGCUUCUAUCUGCAGUCAGACAACAGUGCUGGGUGGCUCGGCAUCUUGCUCUGUCUCUACCAGCUGGUUAAGAACUACGAGUAUAAGAAACCAGAUGAGCGCCAGCCCCUGGUGGCCGCCAUGCAUAUCUUCAUGCCCAUGCUGAAAGACCGCUUCAUCCAGCUGCUCCCUGAUCCCUCCAGUGAGUCUGUCCUGGUACAGAAACAGAUCUUCAAAAUCCUCUUCGCCUUGUUCCAGUACAACCUUCCUCUGGAGCUCAUCAACAGACAAAACCUGACAGAAUGGAUGGAGAUCCUGAAGACCGUAGUGGAUAGAGAUGUGCCUCCGGAGACCAUGCAGGUGGAUGAAGAUGAGAGGCCUGAGCUGCCCUGGUGGAAGUGUAAGAAGUGGGCCCUUCACAUCUUGGCUCGGCUAUUUGAGAGGUACGGCAGCCCUGGCAACACAACCAAAGAGUAUGCAGAGUUUGCUGAACUUUUCCUUAAGGGAUAUGCAGUGGCUGCACAACAGGUGCUGCUGAAAGUCUUAUAUCAGUACAAGGAAAAGCAAUACGUGGCCCCCAGAGUACUGCAGCAGACCCUCAACUAUAUCAACCAGGGCAUCGCUCAUGCUCUUACCUGGAAGAACCUCAAACCACACAUUCAGGGCAUCAUUCAGGAUGUUGUUUUCCCCCUCAUGUGUUAUACGGACAGUGAUGAGGAACUAUGGCAGGAGGAUCCAUAUGAGUACAUCCGCAUGAAGUUUGAUGUGUUUGAGGACUUCAUCUCCCCCACCACAGCAGCACAGACGCUCCUCUUUACCUCCUGCAACAAGAGGAAAGAGGUACUGCAAAAGACGAUGGGCUUCUGUUACCAGAUCCUCACUGAUCCCACAUCUGACCCCAGGAAAAAGGACGGAGCCCUUCACAUGAUCGGCUCCUUGGCUGAGAUACUGCUCAAGAAAAAGAUUUAUAAGGACCAGAUGGAGUUCAUGCUGCAGAAUCAUGUCUUCCCCCUGUUCCGCAGUGAACUGGGCUAUAUGAGAGCCAGAGCCUGCUGGGUGCUGCAUUACUUCUGCGAGGUGAAGUUCAAGAGUGACCAGAACCUGCAGACAGCUCUUGAGCUGACCCGCCUCUGCCUCAUCAACGACAACGAGAUGCCCGUCAAGGUAGAGGCUGCCAUCGCCCUGCAGGUCCUCAUCAGCAACCAGGAGAAAGCCAAAGAAUACAUCACCCCCUUCAUCCGGCCAGUGAUGCAGGCACUCCUGCACAUUGUCAGGGAGACAGAGAAUGAUGACCUCACCAAUGUCAUACAGAAGAUGAUCUGUGAAUACAGCGAGGAGGUCACUCCAAUUGCAGUGGAGAUGACACAGCACUUGGCCAUGACGUUCAACCAGGUGAUCCAGACGGGGCCUGAUGAAGAGGGAGGAGAUGACAAGGCUGUAACAGCCAUGGGCAUCCUCAACACCAUUGACACAUUGCUGAGUGUGGUGGAGGACCAUAAAGAGAUCACCCAGCAGCUGGAAGGCAUCUGUCUGCAGGUGAUUGGUACCGUACUGCAGCAGCACGUUCUGGAGUUCUAUGAGGAGAUCCUGUCACUGGCCCACAGCCUGACUUGCCAGCAGGUGUCGCCACAGAUGUGGCAGCUACUUCCACUGGUGUUCGAAGUCUUCCAGCAGGAUGGAUUUGACUACUUUACAGAUAUGAUGCCUCUCCUCCACAAUUACGUCACAGUGGAUACAGACACCCUCUUAUCUGACACCAAAUACCUUGAGAUCAUCUAUAGCAUGUGCAAGAAGGUCCUGACAGGGGAUCCAGGUGAGGACCCAGAGUGUCAUGCAGCAAAGCUACUGGAGGUGAUCAUUCUGCAGUGCAAAGGCCGGGGCAUCGAUCAGGUUGUUCCCUUGUUUGUGGCUGCUGCACUGGAGCGUUUGACACGAGAGGUGAAGACGAGUGAGCUGAGGACCAUGUGCCUGCAGGUGGCCAUCGCUGCACUUUACUACAGCCCCCCUCUGCUCCUCAACACCUUGGAGAACCUGCGCUUUCCCAAUAACACUGAGCCAAUCACUAACCACUUCAUAACCCAGUGGCUCAAAGAUGUCGAUUGCUUCCUCGGCCUGCACGACAGGAAGAUGUGCAUUCUUGGUCUGUGUGCUCUGAUUGACCUUGAUCAAAGGCCCCAGGCCGUCAACCAGGUGGCAGGCCAGCUUCUCCCUGCAGCCAUCCUACUCUUCAGUGGCCUCAAGAGGGCCUACGCUUGUCGAGCUGAGCAUGAGAAUGAGGAAGAGGAUGAUGAUGAAGACGGCGAAGAUGAGGAUGAGAAUGCCGAGCUGGGCAGCGAUGAGGAUGACAUCGACGAGGAGGGCCAGGAGUACUUGGAGAUGCUGGCAAAGCAGGCAGGAGAGGAUGGAGACGAUGAAGACUGGGAGGAGGACGACGCUGAGGAGACGGCACUAGAAGGCUACACUACCGCUGUGGAUGAUGAAGACAACUUGGUGGACGAGUAUCAGAUCUUCAAAACCAUACUACAGAAUAUCCAGACCCGUGACCCAGCAUGGUACCAGGCACUCACACAAGCCCUUGAUGAGGAGCAGGGCAAACAGCUUCAUGACAUUGGCACACUCGCAGACCAGAGACGGGCAGCACAUGAAUCCAAGAUGAUCGAGAGGCAUGGCGGAUACAAGUUCACAGUGCCAGUGGUGCCAACUAAUUUCAACUUCGGAGGCAGUGCUCCAGGAAUGAAUUGAGUCAUCUGUUCUACUUUUUAUUACUCUGUGACUGAUUGUAGUGAAGUGAAAAAAAAGCUUGUGUUGUUCCCUUAAGUAGUGGUUCCAGAACUGGUUCUUCUCAGUCAUUCUUCAAUCUGUCAAAUUGGAAAUAGCACCAGAAGACGUGGGAAAGCAACCAAAUGCAACCAAUGGCUGGGGAAAACAAACCAAGAACUUGAGCACGAUGCAAGAGAAGAAGCUCUGAACAACGUUGUCUUCUGGAGUCCAAUGUGGAGGGGAAACCAUGACGGCAACUCUUUUUUCCCACUUCAACAAAAUUGGGGGCUUAACAAUUUGAAAUUGAUAAUGGGACUUAAUAUUUCAUUAUCACCGUUGAGGCCAAAUGGCCAUAAGAUUAUACCUCUGGCUGUAGUGAUAUCUACGUUAGUUUCUGCAUAAACAAAUUCUCAUGUUUGUUAUGUACAUACAAGCCAAGGUUAUUGAUUUUUCAAGUAGCCUUGAAAAACAACCAGAGGCAUUUGUUAAGGUGUCAACAGCUGUAUUCAUAUGUAGCAUAUUGGAUACUUCAUAGCACUAUGUGAUGCCUGAUCUCUGUAAAUUAAUGACUAGCACUUUCAUAUUGUUCAGGUCUCCUAGCCUUCUGUAUCAGACUGCAAAUUUUUUAAACCGCUGAUGACUAUUUAAAAUGAAAACAGCUGUAACUUUGUUACUUUGCAAGCGACUUCUCCUGUAAUGGCUGGUUGUCACAUGUAUUUGGUUACGGUGUGGAACAAUAGGCAACACAACUUGCCAGCUCGGAAACAUUCUUGAUUUACGAAAAAAGAGAAUGCUCUUGGUGUUCAGUAUGGGUACAGGACGUGUUUGUGAGCACUGAAAGUACAAUUGGAUACUUCAUUGAAGCAUGUACAAUUGGACUUAAUCGUGAAGGUCUCAAGCUUUUGGUUGGUGUAUGGAUGAACCAUCUAUAUAUACAACAAAAUAUUAAAAAAACAAAAAAACAAAAACAGAGCUAAGGGAA